GUAGUUGCCACUGGGAGAUUCUGGUGUUCCAUGGCAUUCCCGCCUCCCCAGCAGAGCGGUGGCCGCUCGCUCUGGUGAACAUCUCUUUAUGCACCUAGACCCCCCUGACCCCAUAGAAAGGCCCAAGUUUGAUGGUGGAGGAAGGAUUGGACAGGUUGCUGGGGAAAGUGAGUGAUCCAUUUAACCAAAGAGAUGUCGGCUUAUUUAUAAGAAUUACUUGAAUCCAGAGUCAUGGUGGAUGUAGGAAAGUGGCCAAUCUUCACUCUGCUCUCACCUCAAGAAAUUGCAUCUAUUCGGAAAGCAUGUGUCUUUGGCACCUCAGCCAAUGAAGCCUUGUACGUUACUGACAAUGAUGAGGUCUUUGUAUUCGGACUGAACUACAGUAACUGUCUAGGAACUGGAGAUAAUCAGAGUACACUUGUACCCAAAAAGCUAGAAGCCUUAUGUGGAAAGAAGAUUAAAAGCCUUAGUUAUGGGAGUGGACCACAUGUCCUUCUCAGCACCGAAGAUGGAGUCGUUUAUGCCUGGGGGCACAAUGGAUAUAGCCAGCUUGGGAAUGGGACCACCAACCAAGGCAUUGCUCCCAUCCAAGUCUGUACCAAUCUCUUGAUCAAGCAAGUGGUUGAAGUAGCUUGUGGCUCACAUCAUUCAAUGGCUCUGGCAGCUGAUGGAGAGGUAUUUGCUUGGGGCUAUAACAACUGUGGCCAGGUGGGAUCAGGAUCUACAACGAAUCAACCAACUCCUCGAAAAGUCACAAACUGUUUACAUAUUAAGAGGGUGGUUGGCAUUGCUUGUGGUCAGACCUCAUCCAUGGCUGUUCUGGACAAUGGUGAGGUCUAUGGCUGGGGUUACAAUGGCAAUGGUCAGCUAGGCUUGGGAAACAAUGGCAAUCAGCUGACCCCUGUGAGAGUGGCAGCUUUGCACAGUGUGUGUGUGAACCAGAUUGUCUGCGGCUAUGCACACACUCUAGCACUAACAGAUGAGGGCUUGCUCUAUGCCUGGGGAGCUAACACGUAUGGGCAGCUGGGAACUGGCAAUAAAAAUAACCUGCUAAGCCCGGCACACAUCAUGGUGGAGAAAGAAAGGGUGGUAGAGAUCGCGGCUUGCCACUCGGCGCACACGUCGGCAGCCAAGACCCAGGGCGGGCACGUGUACAUGUGGGGCCAGUGCCGGGGCCAGUCGGUGGUCCUGCCUCACCUCACCCACUUCUCCUGCACCGACGACGUGUUUGCCUGCUUUGCCACGCCUGCCGUCUCGUGGCGCCUCCUGUCUGUAGAACAUGAAGACUUUUUAACAGUUGCUGAAUCACUGAAGAAAGAAUUUGAUAGUCCAGAAACUGCUGAUCUGAAGUUUCGAAUUGAUGGGAAAUAUAUCCAUGUGCAUAAAGCUGUUUUGAAAAUCAGGUGUGAGCACUUUCGCUCCAUGUUCCAGUCUUACUGGAACGAGGAUAUGAAGGAGGUGAUAGAAAUAGACCAGUUUUCUUACCCAGUGUACCGUGCCUUUCUCCAGUACCUCUACACAGACGCAGUGGACCUGCCGCCCGAGGAUGCUAUAGGUCUUUUGGACUUGGCCACGUCUUACUGUGAAAACCGACUGAGAAAGCUUUGUCAGCACAUUAUCAAGCGCGGAAUUACUGUCGAGAAUGCGUUUUCACUGUUCUCUGCUGCAGUCAGAUACGAUGCAGAGGACUUAGAAGAAUUCUGCUUUAAGUUUUGCAUCAAUCAUUUGACAGAAGUUACACAGACUGCAGCAUUUUGGCAAAUGGAUGGCCCUCUGCUAAAGGAAUUCAUUGCUAAAGCCAGUAAAUGUGGAGCCUUUAAGAACUGAAGCCCACGGCCCUGGGUGCUGUGAGUGCUCUGGGGCGCGGGCGCCUGGCGUGCUUUGUGCUGUGUGGGGGAUGUAAUUUUGCAGGUAAAACCCCAUCCGGUGGGUUUUUAUUCCACAUCUGAGACACAGCGCUCCGCGUAGGAAUAUAUGAAGGAUGUACAGCGUUUCCCGAACCCACUUUGAACAACUCUUAUUUCCAGACACGUGUAUCUCCAAUGUGACCUUGAUUUGGCUGGAACAUUGUAAAGGGGGGAAAGCUUAGCUGCUGGUUAUUUUGCGUGUUGUUUUUGAUGAGAGGACCCUCUGAACUUGGGAAGGGGGAUCUGAGGCGAUUCCCCAGGUUCACACACUGACAGCCCUUUGACACCGGGAAGGGGGAUCGUUUGUGGGUUGUGAGAUAGUCCCAGAGGCCCCACCCUGAGCCAGGGAUGCUGACCUUGGGACAUGUUGAAAUGCUGCGUUAGUUGCUAGUUCAAUAGCCAUACUGUGAAGGUGUAGUGGAGGGAGUUUGGGGCUUUUGUGAAGGUGUAGUUAGGGUAGUUUGCAGUGUUUGCACCACUGGGGACCUUUUUUGACUUCAUGAUUGUAUCAAAGUAAUAGUGUAACAGGAGUCCAGCGUGUCGAGAUGAUGAACGUGUAGAGAUGAACUUCUCAGUCAGCCGAGAUCUCUCGUGAGUCUGGACUACCUGUGAAAAGUUGAUAAUGAAGGAGUUUUGGACAAAGGUCAAUAUUUUAUGAAUUAGAAUCUCCACUACUAUCCAACAGUGUUUUGUUUUAUUAGGACAGAGUCUGAGAACUGAAGUUUAAAUUACCGCUCCCCCCCCCCCCCCCCCGCCCUGUUUCCCCUCGAAAUGCUCAUCAUGGGAGGAAAGUAAUGACAUGCUCAGUAUAGCCUUGCCUUCCUAAAUUACGGCUGCUGGAUCGUCAGAUCUAUUGUAUCCCACUCAGAGAAGUGGUUCUUAAAACCACCUUUCUGGCAGGUCUUGGAAUGCGUUUUAGCCCUUUUAUCUAGGCCGAGUAUCACAGAUUUGCUUAUCUGUAACCUCAUUUUAGAUUUCCUCACCUUUUAAUUGUGUUACAUAUAAUAUUUCGCACAGCUUUCAUUUUAGAUUUCCUCACCUUUUAAUUGUGUUACGUAUAAUAUUUCACACAGUUUAACUUUGAAAAAGGAUCAAAAUUAUGGUUUCGCUGAAAGAUCCUAUUUAAAAGGAUCUGUUCAGUUUGGUUUGUAUUUUUUGUUUUGUUUUUUUGUUUUUGUUUUUGUUUGGUCUGAUUAUGAAACGUGACUUUGGGAGGAAGAGUGUUCAGCUUUGGGUUCUAUCACGUGUGUCCGUUGAGCCCCCUGUAAGAACAGAGCUUUGUUCUGCUCUCUGGCCCACGGACUCAUUUCCAUUUGUGAACUCUUUCCUGCUUGGAAGUUCCUUCCUCUGAACUUGGAGCCUAAGUACCUUUUCGGAGCCAAAUUAACCAGAGGGUGAAGAAGAUACGCUGCAGCUGCUAUUUUUAGCAGUGUUUCUAGGUGUGUCUAGGGGGUUGAGUGGGAGUAAGGGCCCCAAACAUAGUUCAUUGAUAAGAUGAUUAUAAAUCUAGAGAUCCCAGUUCCCUUUUCUUGACCAUGUCACAGGUGAUUGAAGCCCAGUCAAUUAUUACAUUAGACUUACUUCUGCAACAUGAUAGAACUUUUCUUACUAGGUUGAUAAAUGCACAUUAAUUUGAUUAUUAGCUAUGAUGGGUAGUGUUUGUAACAAUCACUGUUCCGUAGGCUUAUGAUCUGGACAACCAAGAACUUCAGUAUGUUUACUAUUACUCUUACUUGAAAAAGAAAACUUAAAAAAGAAGCACAAAAUAAAGCAGUAGAUCCAUUUCCGCAGAUUGUUCAUUCAACAGAUAUUUACUGAGGUUCCUCAUAUACGUGAAGAGCCACUUUUCAUAGUAGAUUACUGAGUAAUUCGUACGAACAUGUGCGUAGUGAAGAAAAUGGGAGUAAGUCCUUUGAAAAGUACUUGAGUAUCUUUUUUUUUUUUUUAAAUACACUCUUAUUUUUCUACUUGGUUUUAUUGUUAAUCAUAGCAGGAAAGGAAAACUGUUCUUUGAAUUUUUUUUUUCAUCUGAUGUAAUAAAGAAAGCCAAAGUAUUCAUAUUUCUUAAGCUAGCCCUAAAUGUACUCUUGAACUUUUACUGGAACAAUGUUUGAUACUCUAGUGUAUAGACUGUAUUUAUGUAACAUUUAGAAUGACAUAUUAAUAAAUAAUCUAGUAAGACGUG